AGCAUUGCUUUGCCAACGUGUCACCCGACCGGCCAUCCCCAACACACGCUUGUGUCCGGGUGUCUUGCUCAGUUUUUCGCUGAGUAAGCACACCCCCCCGUCACCACUGCACUGCAUUGCAUUGCUGCCCUCAUCUCCUCCCCCCUGUUGGGUUGAACGCAGCAGCAGCAGCAGCAACAGCAACAGCAGCAGCCACAAGUACAUCGCCAGCCAGCGAGUUCAUCAUUUUCCUCACGCCGACCAAGACCACAACUUGCAAGAGCCUCUGUCUGCUUUCUCUUACCCCGCUCGCCACCUGCAACCUACAAGAAGCAAGCCACCAUGCACCGUCCCACCUCGUCAAGUGCUCAGGGCCCAAGUGCCAACACCGCCACCGCCACCAGCACCACCGCCACCACCGCCAUCGCUGCGAUGAGCGCCACCGAAGCAGCCGCCAUGACGGACGCUGCUCGCCGUGCGUGCGACUCUGUCAAGGCCGAUCCCCAGGGAUCGACUGUGGCCAAGGAGGCAGUGGUUGCGUCCGGCCAGGUGGCAGCCCGCCCCCUGACGCGUUCGCGCUCCUCCCUGGCCACCGCCCAAACCACGCCAGAGCGACAGAAGCAGCGGCAGCAGCAGUUGGAGCAGCAGGAGCUGGAGGACAAGCACCGCCGGCGUGCGAGCGCCAUCUGCGAUGCACGGGAGAAGGUGAGGCGGCUGUAUGCGUCGUCGUCAGCACCGCUCAUUGCCAUCCGGUAUUCGUCCAGGAUUGGCGAUGACAUGCGCGCCAUGGUUCACGGGCUGGGCGGCCCAAAGCACCGCAUCGAAGCUGCCCCGCCCAUUCAGGCUUCAACCGCGCCCCCAAAGGCACGCGUGAGGGCUGCGGUGACGCCAACGAAGAAGGGUGCAUCUCGCCUGCUCACUGCACGCCACAACAACGCCGCCACCACCGCCACAAGCAGCAGCAGCAGCAGCGGUGGUUGGAUUCGACGUGACCUGUGGCAGAACGUGCUGCGUGAUCAGCUCAUUGCCGAGCGCAGUGGCGACAAAGCCAACACCACGCAGGCGAAGGAGAAGGAGAAGGAGAAGGAGAAGGACGGAGAUGAAGAUAAUGAUGGUGAUGAGGAAGAAGAAGAUGAUGAUGGUGAUGAUGAUGAUGCUGCUAGUGUGCACUGGUACGACAUGGGCGAUUUCACGAGCGGGUCAUCAGUGCCACGAGUGUGUCACUUCCCAACGCACGAUGACGACAACCACCGCCUGGCACGCCCCAUCUCGGCAGUGCCGCCCCCACUGCGCACACUGCGCCGGCAGUCGGCCAUGGACACUCUGCACGAGGUGGACGAGGACGCCAUCGCCGCCAACGACGAAGCCGAAGCCACUCCCAGCACCACCAACACGACCACCACCACUACCAGCAGCAGCAGCAGCAGCAUUGCUAGCACUGCCCUUAUCCACACCACCAACAGUCACCGCGGUGCUGGUGAUGAUGCUGGCAGCAGCGAGGAAGAAGAGGAGGAAGAGGGUGGGCGACGCACGCCGCUUGCACUUGAUCAGCCGGAUGUGGGGCAGGCGCUCCCGGAGUCGACGUUUGCCACCCCACGCAGGGCCAUCUUCUUCGCCGCAGACGGCAGCCCCCUGCCCCACGCCAAUGACGUGCACGAGGAGGCGAUGAAGCAGGAUGCGGAGGUGAAGCAGGAGGUGAAGGAACAGAAGAACAGCGAGGAGCAGAAGAGCGAUGAGAACGACAAGCAGACCGCCUCUCCAGAUGAUGAUGAUGAUGAUGAUGAUGAUGAUGAUGAUGAUGAUGAUGAUGAUGAUGAUGAUGAUGAUGAUGAUGAUGAUGAUGAUGAUGAUGAUGAUGAUGGUGAUGAUGAUGAUGAUGAUGAUGAUGAUGAUGGUGGUGAUGAUGAUGAUGAUGAUGAUGAUGAUGAUGAUGAUGAUGAUGAUGAUGAUGAUGAUGAUGCUGAUGAUGAUGAGCACACGUCUCUUCCGACGAUUCCGGUUCGCCCCCGUCUCCGCCGCCGCAAUGGCAGCUUCUCCCUGCUCUGAUGCCUGUGUGUGGCUGCUGGUCUUCAUGGAUUCCUUUGAAGUGGCAAAU